UUCCAGCGUCCGAUGGGACAUGAUAUCAUUGAUUAAUAAAUAAAAGCCACGCCUACACUUUGAAGUCUGAAGCCAAGAUUUCAUUCAAACAUCACGUGGAAAUUGGGUUUUCCAUAAGCAUAGAUGUCAUUAGUAUUGACUAUUGACAAUUGAGUCUUGGAUGGGUUAGAUCUUUUAGAUGGGUCUAAUGCUACAAUUACUGGAUUCUAAUUCGGAGGCCGAAGAUCUUCUUUUAUGCGAGGAAAAUGGCGAGCUGUGCAGUGAAAGGAGGCUGUGUCACCGACUACAUAGCCAUCGCCAUAUCCAUCCUCUCUAUGAUCUUGCUCCUCUCACGAUUAAUUUUGCCGUUUCUGGUUCAUGAGGUUCCUCGUACUAAAAACAGUGGCUUUUGGAUUCCAGUGAUUCAAGUUUUUGCCAGCUUCAACCUUGUGUUGUCCAUUGUGGUGUCCUACGGUUUCCUAAGAUUCGAGAAGAGGCAUUGGUGGCAGUCUUGCUAUGUUUGGGCAGUCUGGAUAGAAGGCCCAUUUGGAUUCGGUUUGCUGCUAAGCUGUCGCACUACGCAGGCAUUUCAACUAUACUACAUAUUCGUCAAGAGGCGUUUACCACCGAUCAGAUCUUAUAUAUUUCUUCCACUAAUUCUAUUGCCAUGGAUUGCUGGGGCUGCAGUUAUCCAUAUGAAGAAGCCUCUAAAUUAUCGGUGUCAUAUGGGGACAUACUGGAUAAUUCCAGUUUCUUCUCUCCAUGCGUUGUAUGUUGCUGCUUUAGUUGGAUUCACUGGGGCUAUUCGGCAUGUAGAGUUCAGGUUUGAUGAACUGAAAGACCUGUGGCAGGGAAUACUUGUCUCAGCCUCUUCCGUUGGAUUAUGGGUUGUUUCUUACAUUUUGAAUCAAAUUCAUGAUGAGAUCUCAUGGCUUCAGAUUUCCUCCAGAUUUCUUCAAUUGAUUAUGGCAAGUAUUCUAGUACUGGCUAUUUUCUCUAUAUCCAGUUCACAACCUCUACUCUCGCAAAUCAGCUUAAGGAAAAGGGAACCCCAAGAAUUUGAGACAAUGGGCCAGGCUCUGGGUAUACCUGAUAGCGGACUACUGUUGCAGAGGGAAUCAGCUCAAGUCAUUGAUCCUAACGAACCAUUGGAUAAGCUUCUUCUGGACAAAAGAUUUCGGCAGUCCUUCAUGGAAUUUGCAGACAGUUGUUUGGCUGGGGAGAGUGUGCAUUUCUAUGAUGAGGUGCAUGAGCUUGGCAAAAUAUCUGUAGAUGACCCUGUAAGAAGGAUCUACAUGGCACGGCAUAUUAUUGACAAGUACAUAGUUUCAGGUGCAGCAAUGGAGGUGAACAUUUCUCACCGAAGCCGACAAGAAAUCUUGACUACUGCCGAUCUGGCACACCCUGAUCUCUUUAAUAAUGCAUUGAAUGAGCUGUUGCAGUUGAUGAAAAUGAACCUGGCAAAAGAUUACUGGUCAUCCAUGUUCUUCAUGAAGUUCAAAGAAGAAGCCAGUAUGAGAUCCCAUGAGCUGGAACCGGUGACGGGUUGGAACUUCUCUCCUAGGUUGAGUGCUGUGCACGGUGCUGACGAUCCCUUUCACCAAGAAAACCUUUUUAAGGGUUCAGGCAUUGAUAGUCAUGAUUCAGACAUGCAAUGAACCGAGAGUUUUGAACUUUGUCUUAUCACUUGAGUAGGUUUCUUAUAAUCGGGAAUAAUUUUAUCUUUUACCUGCGACAGAGUGGCUUGGAAAGCCAAUAAGAAGAAAAUGAAAAAGAAAGGAUGAGGGAAAGAAGAAAGGGUAGCAAGUGUAGUAACAUGUUGUAUGUAUUAUACCUGUACAGACACUGAUUUUGUAUUAUCAGAGAAUAAUACUUACUGAAGUAUAGUGUUUGGUUUGCCCACCGUAGCUAUUGGGGAUAUCCAUAUUAUUCUUGUGAAAUUUUGAACUCUCAACCUCGGUAAAUUAUUAUGUGGUUUGUAGUCCCGAAUUCUGGGCUAGUUAAAGUGGUAUAAAAUCAUUCAUUCCACA